AUGUCCCCAACACACUUGCUCGUGUUGCUUCUUGCUGUGGUAGCUCUCACCACCCCCUCGUUUGCCGACUAUGGCAAGCCACCCACAUACCCACCUCAACACAAACCACCAAAACCUAUUCACAAGCCACACCCAAUUGAGAAGCCUCCUAAAGAACACUACCCACCAAAGCCAGUGCACAAACCACCACCAAUAGUAAAGCCUCCACCAGAACACAAGCCACCAAAGCCAGAGCACAAACCACCAACUUUGCCACCACCCAUCCACAAGCCACCAACUCUGCCACCGCCCAUCCACAAGCCACCAACUUUGCCACCACCCUACCACAAGCCGCCUCCACCAUAUGGUCACUACCCUGGACACCCUCCAGCGGAAGGUAAUGAAGAAGCAUACAAGAAGCGGCCCCAUUUGCCUGGACAUAAGAAGCCACAUUACCCACCCUACCACCACAAGCCACCCCAUGGCGGCCGUAAGCCACCAGCAGCCAAUUAA